CUCUCUCUCUCUCUCACGCGCAGGCACACCUGCCUCUCUUCCUCCACCUCCAGCCAUGGACAUGGACAGCGAUCCGUUCACGCCGACCCAAUCUUCCUACUUCUCGGGCUGCAUGGCAUCCCCCUCGUGGCUGCCGCCGGGCGUGCGCCGGAGCCCCGCGCGCUUCCAACUGCUCGCCCGCGACGACGCCGGCCGCGGCGGCCGGCGCGCGUGGAGAGGGCUGCUCAGGAGGCUGGUGCGGGAGAGCAAGAGCAUCUGCAACCCGAGCAGGGCGCCCGUCGCCAGCUGCUUCAAGUACGACGCCGACAGCUACGCCAAGAACUUCGACGACGGCUGCUGGCAGCCCUGCGCCGCCGCCGCCGCCGACGAGCCGGCGACCGGCUGAUCGAUACACUGGAGAAGGCUAGCUAGCUUCCUAUUUAUAUUUUUUCCCCUCUUCUAUUUUUGUUGAUUCAGUUGUAGAUGUCGAUCUUGAGACGGUGGUUGCAGCGCCGGUGUCGCGCGCGGAUGAUGCUUUCACCGGUCGUUGCUUGUACAGAGGAUGGAGAUGUCUCAAGCAGAGUUGUUCCUUGCCAAAUUCUCUCUCUGUGUGCCUCUCGUUCUCGAUUCCCCUUUCUUGUGAACUGUGAUAUUCUGAGAACUGUUAUCGUACCACCC